AUGACUCUCAAUGUGUGCAAAGCAUUUAAAGAAAUUGACGAUUAUUGGGAUAAUGGGUUUUCUUUCGGGAAUAAUGAUAUCUUUACUGGAUUACACAAUUUUUAUUGUCAUACUAACAAGGAAACAGGGAAAGGAGAAUGUAAAACUAGCGGUCAAACAGUUAGCGCUAUUACUGUAUUAUUACUUAAUAAUUUGUUCACCGGAGAUGAAUAUAUAGAAUCUGAGGAUAAAAAUAACGAAUAUAUGACGUAUAUUAUGCUAUGGUUAAGUAAUAAAAUGAAACUAAUUAAAUAUGGGAACUACGGAAGCGUGGCAGAUUUUUAUGUCACGUUUAUAAAAGGUGCUGAAAAGUAUAAAGAAUAUCUUGAUAAAAUCGAUAAAAACCACAAAAUAAUGAAUCUUGAAAUUGCUAGAAUGCGUACACUUUAUGGGUUACUUAAUGAGCUGUGUAAUGCGAUUAUUAAUUAUACCAACGAUUCUUCAACUUGCUCCAAUUUUUCAAAUUGCCCCUAUUUUUCAAAUUUUGUUAGCAAUUGGGAAAAACAACUAAAUAAACUUGUUGAGAAAAAAAAAAAGUUUUUUGAAGAUGAGUAUUAUUGUAAUGUAUUGGUUACUUUACAAAAUGCUUAUCAGAAAUUUAAAAACGAUAAUAAUAUCCAAAAAAAACUUCCAGAAAUUAUGGAGGUAGAAGAUAUAAUUUAUUGUAAGGAAUUAUGUGGAGGAGCAACAAGUUCAUCGAAAGUUAUAGGUGUGGAGUUUCGAGAUGUAUUGCCUAAAGAAAAAGAUUUAGAUAAAUGGGAAGAUAUCUUGAGAUAUAUAGAUGUUUUUAAAAAAUUAUUUAAAACGUAUAGUUUAUAUUUUAAUUUUUUUUUUACUAAUAAUGUCAAUGACUUAUAUAAAAAGGCGUUUCCAACCUUAAAAAAUUAUUACUGUAAAUUUAUAAAAUUUGCUGGUACCACGAUUGGUCAUGUGAAUGACCAACUUAAAACAGCAAUAGAAACUUAUGCACCAGAUAAUUGUAUAUCUGAGGAAAAAGACCCAGAGGAUAAACCACCAUCAUCUCAAGAUCCACCUGGCUCAUCUGGACCAUCUGGACCAUCUGACUCAUCUGACACACCUGACUCAUCUGACACAUCUGACACAUCUGACACAUCUAAACCACCAAUUUCUAAGGAACAAAUUAACACACCACAUUCGUCUCUAGAUUUAUCUGGAAGUGGAGGUUCUGAUCAAAAAAAUCCCGAAACAUCUCAGAUAAUAGUAUCAAAUCCAGUGACGAAACCAAAAACUUCAGUAUUCAAAGUAGCAGGAAGUGGAACAACAGAAAUAGGUGAGAAUCCAUUCAUCGUAUACAAGAAAAUGGGAAUUUCAAUUCUAGUUCUUUUAAUACCCAUCGCUUUAGCUAUUAUGUACAAGUAUUUGCCAUUUGGAUGGAGAAAGAAAUCGAAGAAAAAAAAAAAGAUGAAAAAGGCUAUAAAUAUGUUUGAUACAAAUGAAACAACAAAAAGAGUUAUAAACUCAACUGAUCGAAAAAAACCAAUGCAAAUAAUUAUAAAUUUAUCUACUCAAAACAAACAGGGUAAAAAGUUUAUAAAUUCAUCUACUCCAAAAAAACAGGAUAAAAAGCUUACAAACUCAUAUACUCAAAAAAAACAGGAUAAAAAACUUACUAAUUCGUCUACUCAAAAAAAACAGGAUAAAAAGCUUACAAAUUUAUCUACUCAAAAAAAACAGGAUAAAAAGCUUACAAAUUUAUCUACUCAAAAAAAACAGACUAAAAUUUUUAUAAAUUCAUAUACUCCAAAAAAACAGGAUAAAAACUUUAUAAAUUUCAUUUAUUGGGAAAAAUAUCCAUUAUUAAAUAUAUAUAAACUUAUGAAGGCCGAUCCUAUACCAUUUAUUAUUUUAUUUUUGUUGUUUAUUUUUUAUGUUUAUAAAAGAAAAGACGAUUCUUUAGAAUAA